UAUCCCUAUAUCCCCUGACCGUCCCAUUGAAGUGAGCACGUCAUAUUUGUAACUAUGGUUUACCGCUUACACCACCUAGGACAACUACCUAGAUGCGUACCUAUACGUGUUAUCAAAAACACAGAUCCGGUACGAAGUGCUCUUGUAUUUUCCUGCGGUAUGGGUGCCGUUCGAAGUACAUUCGCCAUGGUCGCUGCCGUGAUCGUCAGGAGAAAGAUGCUGCUUGCUAUAGGUUUAGAAGAUCCAUACCCGACGGAUCCUAUAAGAUGGGAUAACGGCAGCCCGGGCAUCAGUACGGCGGCCACUGAUAUCAAGCUGGCUCAAGCGCUGGAAAAUGCCAGUGCACAACAGGACCAAAAUAAGUCACUUCUAAGAUUGACCUAUGUAUUACAGCGACAUCUCCAUUCGCAGUCUGUGAUUGCCUUGCUCAUGGCGCAACCCACACUCUUGGAGAACUUACGCAAAGCGCACCAAGGCAAUUAUGGAGUGAUACUGAGUCUACUCGGACUGGUCGACCGUGUAAUAGAUGCAUGUAGGUGCAUCGUCAUGCUUCCUUAUGUUUUAGAUCUCGUGCCUUAAAAUGACAUUGUUAUGUAUUGGGGGUUGGCCGCUAACCAUGUCUUGAUUCCCUAGGUGAUCAUGUCCCUAAUCUUCGGGAAGACGUCUUCACCUACAGGGUCGAAUAUUCACUCACAACGGCCGAU